AUGGACUACUCAUCAAUAACUUGUUUUCUCUCCAUUCCAGCGACACUCUCAGCUCAUCCAUAUCCAUUUCUUCAGCGGGUCUUGGCUGGUGGUGUCACUUUCAUCAGACAGACCGGACCGACCAACGACUCAAGCAAUAGCAGGCAUUAUCAAGGGUCAGGAAUUGUCAGGUAUGGAGGGGCAUGGAGGGGCAGCUUGUUCCCUUGGUUUCCAGCGAGAAAAAAAAAGUCAGCUACGGCACCUUAUCCCUGGCCCCUGCUCCUCAUUGCUGGCCUGCCCCUCGUUACAUCACUCUCGCAGCUACCCCCCGGUCACAGCAGCAGCACCAGGUCCGAUACCCCCGUCGACUCACCUUUUGCCUCCCAUUGCACGCUUUGCACGCUUUGCUCGCUCUCACACCUCUCACACACUGCCACUGCCACCUCCAUGCAACAUCUGCCCGUGGCGCCGUGGCACCGUGGUCCACUCCAAAUUCUCGGGCGUCUUUUUUUAUGUGAGCUUCUCACCGUUCCAGUUUAUUUCGGUUCAAACAGCUCAUUCGCACACCUCACCAUUCAUCCCGCGCCAAAGCUCCCACGGCCCCUCCUCCUCCACCUCCCAUCCCCCCUAGUCCUACACGACCCUGAGCUAAUGAAACACGUUGCCUGGCCCGUUUACGACUCCGUUCUCGGUCACCCCCAGAUGGACCGCACCAUUUUUGGCUCCGUCGUCCGUGUUGGAGCAAAGGAGUCAUCGGAGUCGAAGAAAACAGUUUGCGUGCAAAGAAAGGCAUCCAUGCUCGUCCAAACCCUUCGAAUUCAAUUGGAGAACUUGUACAGAUACCUCGCCUACGAAUGCCAUCCACCCAUCCUCUUGGCCGGCCGCUUCCAAUGCAAAGUCGGUCCAUCAAAACAGGGCUGGUGCGUUCCGGCGCUUGGUGGGGCCCGAGAUCUGCCUCUCGACUCACCCAACCCAAUGAGCUACCAAGCGAGCCCGGCUGGCCCGACACGCCGGAGCAUCACGGCUUCGUCGGCCCCAAAUGCUCCUGGCUUCGCCUAUAACAACUCUCAACUUCCGAUGACAUCGGGAAUGACGAUAUCCCUACCGAGGAUACCCGCAAACGUCAAUGCCGCGGCCUAUGUGUUUACCGCUGCCCACGGAGGCCUGCAUGGCCGUAUCGUAUCGCCAGACGCCCGACAGGGCCCAGGUUUGGCAUAUGAUAUGACUCUACCGUCACUCAUUCAUCCGCUACCAACACCGUACGACACCAACCCCCUGGAUGAGCUUCUGGCCGUACCACGGUCUAAACCAACAUGGACAAGCUAUCUCUCGGCCAAAUUAUUCAGCACAUCUCAUUUCGAUAUUGUCAGAUCAUGGGACUGCUGUGCCACUCACGAUGUCGUUGACGCUCGUCCCAUCCGCAAGCCCACAUCAUCACGACUACGUACUGUACUCGCCGUUCCCGUUCCCUCCCUUCCCAAGUCCACCUUUGACUGGGUACACGAGAAUUGCAUGGACCACGGCAGCAAUGUGGCGGCCUUGCAAGAACCGAGCUUUCCUACAGGCCCCGUUUGCCGCCAGCCGCCCCCGGAAUGA